AAAGAAUCAAAACAAGACUCACACUUGGCGGCUUAUCAAAUAAAAUUCUCGAGUUUUUGUUGAUUUUUAAGUAAUUUCUCCCCGAAACCCGUUAAAAAGUGCAAAAUGUUCGAAACAACAACCAUCCAUACAGAUCACAAAGACUUAAUUCACGACGUUCAAUACGAUUAUUACGGAAUUCGAUUUGCAACAUGCAGUUCUGAUCAAACAGUCAAAAUCUUCGACAAACAAGACAACGGUGAAUGGGUUUGUACCGCGAAUUGGCGAAGUCAUUCCGGAAGUGUUUGGCGUUUAUCAUGGGCGCAUCCCGAAUUCGGUCAAGUACUUGCAACUUGUUCAUUUGAUCGAACAGUUUCCGUUUGGGAGGAAUCUUUAGCAGAAAAAUCGACGCAAACUUUGACUCCGCCAACUCGUCGUUGGGUUCGGAAGACAAAUUUGGUUGAUUCUCGCGUUAAUGUCACAGAUUGUAAAUUUGGGCCAAAACAUCUCGGUUUGAUGAUUGCAACUUCUUCUGCUGAUGGAUUCAUUCGGAUUUACGAAGCGCCUGAAAUCACGAAUUUGAGUCAAUGGACUUUGCAACACGAAAUCGAUUGCAAAAUGACACUGAGUUGCAUUUCGUGGAAUAAUUCGUUAUAUCGCUUGCAUGCUCCAAUGAUUGCGGCGGGAAGUGAUUCGAACGUCGCGGGAGGAACGGGAAAAGUUUUCAUCUUUGAAUACAGCGAAAAUGCACGUCGAUGGGCAAAAACAGAAACAAUUAACGCUGUCACAGAUGAAGUUCAUGAUUUGGCAUUUGCUCCAAGUUUGGGUCGAAGUUAUCACACAUUAGCUGUUGGGAGUAAAGAUUUGCACAUUUUCAACUUGAAACCCAUUUUAGACACAUCUUCGCCAAAUCGUUUGGAUAUUCAACCCGCUCAACAAGUUGCCGAGACGCAAGUUGUUCCUGAUCGCGGCGUUGAGCCUCGUGUUUGGCGCGUUUCAUGGAACGUUACGGGAACAAUGCUCGCAGCGACAUGCGACGAUGGAUUCGUUCGUUUGUGGAAACAAAAUUAUCUCAAGAGUUGGCGAUGCGUUUGCAUGUUUGCUCCUCAAUCGCAAGCAAAUUUGUUUCAAGAACAAUUACCGCCGGGCGCAAAUGACAAACCAAAUAAUUCAAGAACAACGCAGUACUUUAAACGAGGCACAAUUACGCAUCCGAAUCAAGUUCCAUGGCAUUAAAAGAGCCCAUGAGGCUUUCGUUUAUUGAAUUUUUUUAUAUGAAAGUUCAGUUUUUUUGUGAAGUUUAGUUAUCAUCGAGAAAAUAAAUGAAGAAAUAAUG